AUGCUGUCCCAGCACGUACUUCUCUCGGUGCUCGCCGCCCUCGUCGCGGCGACCCCGACGCCUCGCCGCCGUGCCGUCGAAGCUCUCGAUCCCGACGCCACCGCCGAGGCCCACCGACGGGAUGACGCUGCUACUCGUGCCUUUGCCAAUGUGUCGGUCCAGACUGCCGACGGCCGAUGCCUCUUUGUCGACCCCCUGUCCGGUGAUUUUCGUGCGAACUUGACCCCCGUGCAGCUCGCCGCCUGCGGAUCGACGGAAGGCCAGAGCUGGGAUGUCAUUACCGCUGGAAAGCACAAUGACCAGCCAGGCCAGGUUCUCUUCGUGAACACCUUGACUCAAGCAUGCCUCAAUUUUGACAGCCGUAAUGGCAACGUCAACCUUUUCUCCUGUGGCGGCCGCGCGGCUGGCGAGGGCGAGGUCACCGACUCCCAGCUCUUUGCCUAUGGAGGCCGCAUGGCACUAUCUCUGAAGCCGAAGAACGCCGAGGGCCAGUGUCUCGUCGCAAACGGAGACACACUCGGCGUAGCCGCUUGUGCCGAGGGCGAGACGACGCAGAGGUUCAAUAUUGGAGGCAUGUCUAUCCGGUGGAAGCGGAGUCCUCACGGUGCCGGCUUCGGGGCCGGCACUCCCUCGUUUCUAGGGGGUUCAGGCAGCACGGGUGGCCUCCCCAACUUGGGUGAUCUUUUCGGUGGCGGUGGCGGUGGCGGCGGUGGCCGGGGACGCGGGGGAAAUGGGCGUGGCAAGGGCGGUAACCGGGGCGGAAAUGGCAACGGCAACGGCAAUGGAAAUGGAAAUGAAAAUGGCAAUGGCAACGGCAACGGUAAUGGAGGUGUUAUGCCACCUCCCGCUGCUCCCCCGGUUGCUCCUCCCAUCGCCGAGCCCACCCAGCAGCCUACCGCACCGAACGGGGCUCCAACACCAAUCUUCUCAACGAUAAUUCCCAAUGGCGGUAACGAAGGCGGCAAUGGCAGCGGGAACGAUACCGAAGUCCUACCUUGCUCGACAGCGGCCUCCCUUACCAGCUCCACGACUUCAAAGGCUGCCCAGCCCUCGGCGCCCCCGGGUGCACCAACGCCUAUCUUCUCCCCCGUUGCCCCCAAUAGCGGCAACGGUGGAGGUAAAGCCAGUGGAAAGGGGGACAACGCUGGAAGUAAUGGAGGUAACCAAGGCGGCAAUAACAACGACGAUAACGCAGACACAUCCGCUCAGACAUCGUCUUGCUCCAAAACCAGAACCAGAAGGACCAGGUCUGCCGCUCAGCCGACCGCUCCACCAACUGCACCCCCCGGCGCCCCGGAGCCUAUUUUCUCGACUAUUGUUCCUGAUGCUGGAAAUAGCGAGGAUUACAACGACGGUGAUGGUAGUCCUGCGCCGGUUUUGUCCUCGUUCACAGGGACCGACGUAUCUCGGGCGCCACCUGCGGCCACAGAGCCACCCACGCAGCCCUCGGCUCCCGAAGGCGCCCCUACACCAAUCUUCUCUACCAUUGUUGGCGGUGGUGGCGCGGGUGCUGGUGGGGGCAAAGGCGACGGCAACGGCAACGGGAACGGCAACGGCAAUGGCAACGGCAAUGGCAACGGCAACGGCAAUGGCAACGGCAAAGGGGAGGACAAGAAGGAUGACGCCGGUCCCGAAACACCCGGUUCUACCACACCCGCCAACCCCACGGCUCCGAUCCCCGUCUCCGGGGCCGGUGGUACACUCAACCCCACAGCCGCGGCGGAGGCGCACCAAUUUGACUUCUGGCGCCACCCGUCCCAUGCAGUUUCGUCUCUCUCCGAGCCUCAUCCGGCGAGUGUGUGUCCGUUGAUCCCACAGCUGGCGAUUUUUCGCCAGAACCUUGAUCUUCUUCGCUCUUCGUACCCUGUUCUGGAGCGCCUGAGCAGAAAAAUUUGA